AUGGGGAGGCCGAGCGUGGUCCCCCGGAAGACCCCCGGGCAAGCCAAGGCCAAGAAGAAGCCCAUCAAGGUGGUGUACAUCUCCAACCCCAUGAAGGUCACCACCAGCGCCGCCAAGUUCCGCGGCCUGGUGCAGAAGCUCACCGGCCGGGACUCCAACGUCGCCUACAUGGCCGCCACGGACUCGUCGAUGGCGGAAUCCCUGCCCGGAUCUGCAGCGGCCUACGAGGCACCUCGAGAUCCGAGCUUGGAGUCGACGGGUGCAGUCGAUGAUCCGUACAAGGCCGCAGCGGCGUCGCCGUUUGAGGUGUUCGAUGAUGCUUUCACCCCGCAGACGUUAGAUGGCCUUCCGCCGAACUAUGAGUAUCUUGUAGGUGGAUCUUGGAUGGCCAGUGAAGCGUGA